GGGGGCAGCGAAGGAAUAGCAAAGAAUGUCUUCUCCAGCUCUGUAGUGCUUGGUAAUUUUGGCAACCCAUGUGGGCGGGGAAAUGAAUGGGGCUACAGGCAUAUUUAGCUUGUCAGUUCUCAGUUGCUCAGACUUGCAAAAGGGUUUUCCUUAACCUGCAAGCUGUCUGUUUUCUUUAUACAUGCUUCGCUGAUUUCUCUAGCUCAUAUAGAAAAUCUAUAUUAUAAUAAAAGCACGUAGAUAGGCAACUUUCUUACAGCAGGACAUUCCAGGGGGGAAAAAAACGCUACAGGAACUUACAAGAUUCAAGGUGGAAUUUUUUUCUAAGUGCUCAAGUGGAUCUAAAAAGCCUUGAAAUAUGAUCACUUUAGUGCUCCUAUGGAUAUGCAUGUUAAUUGUGAACUCCUUGACUUAUCCUGCUGUAAUAACCCCACAAGACCCAACCCUAAUGAUAGGAUCAUCACUAACUGCAUCUUGCUUAGUGGACUCUGACUUAAACCUGAAGGCAGAUGACCUGUUCUGGACCCUUAAUGGGAGAAGGCUCCCAACAGAGCUAUAUAAUAUACUAAACAGCACAACCUUGAGUGUGGCCUUGAAUAACCUGAAUGGAUCCAAGCAGCAGUCAGGAGAUAACCUGGUGUGUCACAGCAAAGACGGGAGAAUCCUGGCGGGCUCAUGUCUAUAUGUUGGAUUGCCACCAGAGAAACCCAAAAAUAUCACAUGCUGGUCAAAGAAUAUGAAAGAUUUAACCUGUAAGUGGGUUCCUGGAAGUGAAGGAGAGACCUACCUGCACACUAACUACACUUUGAAAUACAAGCUCAGGUGGUAUGGCAGAGAUAAUACAUGUCAAGAAUACCACACUAUGGGUCAGUAUUCAUGCCACAUCCCUAAGGAUCUUGCCCUCUUUACACCAUAUGAGAUAUGGGUGGAAGCUUCAAACAGACUGGGAUCCACUACAUCUGACAUAAUAACGCUGGACAUUCUUGAUGUGGUCACCACAGACCCUCCAUCAGAUGUCCAUGUGAGUCGCGUAGGUGAUUUGGAAGAUCAGCUGAGUGUCCGCUGGAGUUCACCCCCUGCUUUAAAAGAUUUUCUAUUUCAAGCCAAAUACCAGAUUCGCUAUAGAGUAGAAGAUAGCAUGGAAUGGAAGGUAGUUGACGACGUGGGUAACCAGACAUCCUGUCGUCUAGCAGGGCUGAAACCAGGAACCGUUUAUUUUGUUCAGGUUCGCUGUAAUCCUUUUGGAAUCUAUGGAUCUAAGAAAGCAGGAAUCUGGAGUGAUUGGAGCAAUCCAACUGCUGCAUCUACUCCAAGAAGUGAAAGGAUAACUGGGGUAUGUGAUCCAAAGAGUGGGGAGCAAAAUUCUACCCUACGCCGAGAGUUGAAGCAGUUCUUCGGAUGGGUCAAGAAACAUGCCUAUGGCUGCUCAAACCUUAGCAUCAAGUUGUAUGACCAAUGGAGAGUGUGGCUACAGAAAUCACACAAAACUCGGAACCAGGUAGUGCGAAACUCACAAGAACAUUAGAACGUUAUUUUGGAAUACUUGAUACUUUUCAGUGGACUCCAAGGACAAUUAUUUCCUGUGAUUAAUGGCAUGUCUUAUUUCACAUGGCUAAGUUACUAACCAUGUCACACUUGUUUAACGCUACCCGGAAAUUCACAGCUAAAUGAAUUGACUGCUAGGAGAAAGAGGAACAUAGGAAAGAGUCGACAGCAGUUUAAAGUACUCUAAGACACAGAUGGUAAGGACAGGAUGAUUCUGGGAAAGAAAUGAAAGGAAACAGUAAAAAGAAAAAAAUAUCAUCUGAUCUAUUGUGUGCUGGAUAGUGUCUCAGCACAGUAGUGAGUUCAAACAAUGAAAUAAAGACUAAACUGCCUUAAUAAGAAUUAUUGGGAAUAAAAUGAAAGAUCUAGGCUUGCAGAGUAGGCACCUAUACAUAUGUGAGUUAAAAAAAUUCAAGUAACAUUUUGUUAUUCAUUUUAAAAGGUGGUACCAAGGCUUUGUGCAUGGGUGUACAAAUCUCAUCAGGCCCCAUAGCAAACUUUAGUAUGGGCCCCCCUGCCCCUCCCUCUUCCCAGUACUUGUGCAUCAAACACUCCCAGGCAAUGUACAACACAAAGUGCAACGGCCCAGAUUUUUUGUAUUUCUUUAUUGAAAAUGAAAAAAAUAUAAUAUAAAGAAGUUGCCAUUGGCCUAAAACUCUUUAUCAGCUGGAAAAGGUGGAACAAGUGCUUUAAAAAUAUGUAACUUAUUCCGAACAGCAGAGGCGGCUCUAGACUUUGUGUGGCCUUAGGCGAAACUCACACAUGAGGCCCCCACGAAGAUCGUUGGGAUGCUCAUGAUCUCCUGUACAGUGCCUCGGCUCAAUCCUCAAGAAAUAAGCUGUGUCAACCACCGCACAGAGCGGUGGUGUGGUCAACACUCCCCCUCCAUGUAUCUCUAUGGAAGAUUCGGAGAUACACAAGUGCUAUAUCUGCGGCUCUUCCAUAGAUACAUGGAGGGGAAGUGUUGACCACCGCUCCGGGCACAAGGAGAUCCGGAGUACCAAACAGGAGAUCGUCGGGGAUCCCAUCGGCCGAACCCCUCCCCCCCGAUCAGUCACUUAUCUCCUAUCCUAUGGAUAGGGGAUUUAUUUUCCUAUCCCGGGGUACCCCUUACUAUGCAGUGACAUCACACUAAAGGGUUAAUAUGCACAGUGACAACACAGUACAGGGCUUAUAUUCACAGUGCAAAUUAACACUUGCAUUAACCCUGGCCCAGUUCUCUAAAUCGACACUCCCCCGCAUACCGCAUUUUGCUGUACUUGCUAUACAGCACAUACCUGUCACAUCC